GUAUAUGUCCGUCUAAAUUCUUUUUUUCCCCUCAUUUUCGCGAAUGGAGUACGGGCAAUGAUCGUGGCCGCCCAGAUCCUUCUCGGUCUAUACCACAAUGCAUCACGACUUUACACCAGUUGCGCGCGAAAAUACGACACUCGAAAGAACUCCAUGUCAAGAUGGCGGAGAAGCGAACUCUAUCAUUCAUACAAGGAAUAAGCGUCAUGAAGUGGCUAAGUUAAAAACUGUCGCUUGAUUAAGGACAAAAGAAAAAAACAUAAGCUUCGUUUUAGCUAUUUCUCCUUCCUGAUUAUCUUAAAUUUGAUUACUUCCUGGUUUGUAAGCUUGUUCUUUCACAGCAGCACAACUACAAGACCUUUAUCGAUAAACUGUUCUUUCUACGUGCCCUUAAAUGCUCCACUGAAUGAAAAGAACGGGGAAACUAAUGGCCAAAAAGAAAACAUCAGAGAUUUCACCAAAAGCGAGUUCAUUCAAGGGAGCCGAUGCGAAGCUGCAAAGUUCAUCCCCGGCAGACUGGCUCUCAUCUAUUGGGGGGAUGGUGCUAUCACCCGGACAAAUCAGCUUGUCUAACAAUGCUACACCUUCUCGAGACCCAUCAAAUGAGCACAUCAAAAGUAGCUCUUUAUCACCAACAAGUUGCUUACAACCUAAAAGCUUUUAUGGAUCAAGGAUUGAAUCUCUCUCAUUUGCAUACAGAAAGAAACCUCAAAGGAAAUUAAAGAGAAAGGUGGAACUACCAAAAAAGAAAACUACACCAAAGCACAGCAAAAGAAAACUAAAGCAUAGUCAGGGUGAUGUUAAAUAUUCCAAAAGAACUGAGACUCAGUUGGGCAGGAUGUCCAAACUUUCAAUUCCUUUAACAGAUGUUGUAAAGUAUAGUCCUUCACCAAGAAGCUUUCCCCAUUUAGUGCUCGGAAAUGUCACUGCUAAAAACAAUCAAGUCCAUAAAAAUGAACACUUUACUACCCUAAGCCCUAAGGAUAUUCUGGAUUUAGAGAGUGACAUCAAAGAGAAGGAUGUUGAUGAGGGCAGUCUAAAAGAGAACUCUCUAAGUCUAGUGGAUAAAGUGCUUUUAGAUCUGGAGUCAAUCAGUUCAAGGGAGAGUCUCACAAGUGGUCUGGGCUCUAUAAAUUCUGGGAUCUUCUUGAAAGGGAAUAAUGGGGAGUAUGUGUUUUCAAAUUCUAGUCCUUCAGAUAAUACCAAUGGAUUUUCAACAUCCCCCCUUACAUCUGAUAAACUAGAACAUUUUACUGAUGAACUAGAAAGCCAAGCGGAUUCUCAGGAAGAGAGGGUGGUUACUGUACCUAUGUUUAACUCUCCUGAUCAGUCGGAUAAGAGCUACAGUCCAAGCCAGUCAGAAGGCAGCUCAACAAAGUCAAACAAAUCGCCUGAACGCCAGACUUCAAUUACAAAAUUCUUCAAAGUAUCACCCAAAGAGCACAGUAUUAAUGCUGAUAGGGGUAAUGUGGAUAUGACAGCUCGGAAGCAAGAAAGGUCACGGAAAAAGGUCAAUGAUAAAACUAAAGAACAAAUGUACCUGGACCUUGGCCAGCGUAAUUUUGGCCACAUCACAUGUGCGACAUGUGGCAUGGUGUAUAUGUCUGCCCAGCCAGAUGAUGAGGCGGACCACAUUCGCCACCACAAGAAGUUUGUCAACGGGCUAAAGUUCAAUGGCUGGAAGAAUGAGAGGGUGCUACAGGAAUUCCAUGAUGGCCGAAUAAUAAUGGUGACAUCAGAUGACCAUUCCUCCUGGCUUAAAAAGGUGGAAGAGAUCAGGAAAGUUGUCGACAGUGAAUUGGGCUUUGCUGCAGAUCUGCCAUAUAGAAAAAAUGAGUCAAAGACAUUCCUUUUUAUUGCUAACAAAAAGGUAGUUGGAUGCUGUGUGGCGACCCAUAUUGACAAGGGCUACCCAGUGUUACCAAGCACCCCAAACAAGGACUCCACCCCAGAUCGACAAAUUGCUGCUUGGUGUUGUAGCCCCACCCCUGUACCUGCGCAGUGCGGUAUCAGUAGAAUAUGGGUGUGGAAACAGUCCCGUAGGAAGCAAAUUGCUACCAGACUGAUUGACUGUGUUAGGAACUGUUUUAUUUAUGGCUACCCUAUUCCUAAAGAGGCACUUGCUUUUUCCGACCCCACUCCGGAUGGCAAGAGACUGGCAACAGCAUACGUGGGCACUCCAGAGUUCCUGGUCUUCAGAUGACAGUCUGUGUGGGCAUUCCAGUGUUACUGGUCUUUAGAUGACAGCCUAUGUGUGCAUUCCAGAGUUCCUGGUCUUCAGAUGACAGUCUAUGUGGACAUUUCAGAGUUCCUGGUCUUCAGAUGACAGUCUAUGUGGGCAUUCCAGAGUUCCUGGUCUUCAGAUGACAGUCUAUGUGGGCACUCCAGAGUUCCUGGUCUUCAGAUGACAGCCUAUGUGGACAUUCCAGAGUUCCUGGUCUUCAGAUGAUAGCCUAUGUGGGCAUUCCAGAGUUCCUGGUCUUCAGAUGACAGCAUACGUGGGCACUCCAGAGUUCCUGGUCUUCAGAUAAUAGCCUAUGUGGGCAUUCCAGAGUUCCUGGUCUUCAGAUGACAGCAUACGUGGGCAUUCCAGAGUUCCUGGUCUUCAGAUGACAGUCUAUGUGGGCAUUCCAGAGUUCCUGGUCUUCAGAUAAUAGCCUAUGUGGGCAUUCCAGAGUUCCUGGUCUUCAGAUGACAGCCUAUGUGGACAUUCCAGAGUUCCUGGUCUUCAGAUAAUAGCCUAUGUGGGCAUUCCAGAGUUCCUGGUCUUCAGAUGACAGCCUAUGUGGACAUUCCAGAGUUCCUGGUCUUCAGAUGACAGUCUAUGUGGGCAUUUCAGAGUUCCUGGUCUUCAGAUGACAGUCUAUGUGGGCAUUCCAGAGUUCCUGGUCUUCAGAUAAUAGCCUAUGUGGGCAUUCCAGAGUUCCUGGUCUUCAGAUGACAGCCUAUGUGGACAUUCCAGAGUUCCUGGUCUUCAGAUGACAGCAUACGUGGGCACUCCAGAGUUCCUGGUCUUCAGAUGACAGUCUAUGUGGGCAUUCCAGAGUUCCUGGUCUUCAGAUAAUAGCCUAUGUGGGCAUUCCAGAGUUCCUGGUCUUCAGAUGACAGCCUAUGUGGACAUUCCAGAGUUCCUGGUCUUCAGAUAAUAGCCUAUGUGGGCAUUCCAGAGUUCCUGGUCUUCAGAUGACAGCCUAUGUGGACAUUCCAGAGUUCCUGGUCUUCAGAUGACAGUCUAUGUGGGCAUUUCAGAGUUCCUGGUCUUCAGAUGACAGUCUAUGUGGGCAUUCCAGAGUUCCUGGUCUUCAGAUAAUAGCCUAUGUGGGCAUUCCAGAGUUCCUGGUCUUCAGAUGACAGCCUAUGUGGACAUUCCAGAGUUCCUGGUCUUCAGAUGACAGCCUAUGUGGACAUUCCAGAGUUCCUGGUCUUCAGAUGACAGCAUACGUGGGCACUCCAGAGUUCCUGGUCUUCAGAUGACAGUCUAUGUGAGCAUUUCAGAGUUCCUGGUCUUCAGAUGACAGUCUAUGUGGGCAUUCCAGUGUUACUGGUCUUCAGAUGACCGCCUAUGUGGGCAUUUCAGUGUUUCACCCUUUUAACAUAAGGAUGAACCAGUGGGAAAGCUACUGAAAACAAUCCCUAACGAUGAUUUGUUGCGGCAGUAAAGAUUGUACAAGAAAGAGCUUACAUCACCCCCAAAGGGAAAUUUACUGAAAACUAUCCCCACCCCUGAUAGGAUUUAAAUGUAAAGAUACCACAAGGAAUAACUUAAUUAAUAUCCCCAAGGAAAGGUUACUUAGUGGGAACUAUACCCACCCCUGAUAGGAUUUAACGGUAAAGAGGAAUAACUUUUCUCAUCUCCCCAAGGGAAAGUUACUGACAACUAUCCCCACCCUUGAUAGGAUUUAACGGUAAAGAGGAAUAACGUUUCUCAUAUCCCCAAGGGAAAGUUACUGACAACUAUCCCCACCCUUGAUAGGAUUUAACGGUAAAGAGGAAUAACGUUUCUCAUACCCCCAAGUGAAAGUUACUGACAACUAUCCCCACCCUUGAUAGGAUUUAACGGUAAAGAAGAAUAACGUUACUCAUCUCCCCAAGGGAAAGUUACUGACAACUAUCCCCACCCUUGAUAGAAUUUAACGGUAAAGAGGAAUAACUUUUCUCAUCUCCCCAAGGGAAAGUUACUGACAACUAUCCCCACCCUUGAUAGGAUUUAACGGUAAAGAGGAAUAACGUUUCUCAUAUCCCCAAAGGAAAGUUACUGACAACUAUCCCCACCCCUGACUGGAUGUGACUAGUCUGUCUUUAUCAAUUAUUUUGAAUGCAGAGUUAACCUGUGCAACACGUUUGCCUUGGAAUAUUUCAAGACAAUUUAUAAAUUUUCUUAUCUUACUAGAUGUUUCCCCUCGAAUGAGUGCAUUGGGAAUAAGUAUGUUUUACUCGGUCACUGAAAGACAAAGAAAUGUGAGAAGUCUAGUGAGAUAUUCGAGGAGGUACUGAUAUGUAUCGACAAUAUAUUUUUGCAAACUAAGUUGCUGUCGAAUCCGUUGUAUCGCGACCCGCGUUUUCAAAACACGAUUUGUUUUGGUUUUCAAUUUCGCCAGUAAAACCAUUCUGAGCCAAUCAGAAUCCCGCUUUGUGAACUUCCCGAGCUAUCCUCUGGACGAAAACCAGAAAGUGCCGCGACAGAAAGCCAGGCAAUUGCACUAGGCGAGAGAUAGCAAGAAUCUGAUUGGCUUAGAAUUGACUGGCGGAACAGAAAAUCCCAAAAGACAAAAACAAAUCGAUGUUUCGAUAAUACGGCGUCGCGAUACAACGGAUUCGACAGUAAGGUAGCUGUUUUAUCAAAUUGGCAGUCAUAAUGUGAUUCUCUCUUAGAAAAGCUUUUUAGAAAUGCUAUUUAAAUUACCAAUAGAACGAAAGCGAUUAAAGAGUACUUCUUGGUAA